UGACUUGACAACAAUCAACAAAAUAAUUCAUUGAAUUGGUGGUGGUGGUGGUUAUAUAUAUAUCAGGUGAUUUAAAAUGCAUGAAAAAAGCAGAAGAAUUGGUGGUAUUAAGGCACCCACAUAUAAGUUGUAUAUAUGUAUAUAUAUGCUCAUAUUAUAAUAACAGUAAUAAAUAAGGGUUUUAUGAAAUCAUUUGGUAUUCCGUCGCUAGAUUAGAAGCAGAUUACAACCACGUUAUCAUAACAAUCAUCAAAAAUGGUCAAAAUUGUUGUUACAAAUCAAUUUUCAAUUUGCGAGGGCCUCUUGUUUAAUUUGCAUUUCCCUCGCGCUCUCUCUCCCUCUCUCAAUGUGUAUGCGUAAAAACCACUUUGAUCGAAAUCAAUUCUAAAUAAUAUUCAGACAUUCGUGUUCACAUUUUCAAAGAUAUAUAUAUAUAUAUAUGCAAAGCACAUUUUGAAAUAUUUAACUGUAAACUGUUACAUCAUAACACUGGAUACUUUUUAGUAUUUCGUAUAUGCUUUAUCAUCAGAAUAUGCUUCCAAUGCUUGAAGAGAUUGGUUUAAAUUGUCCAUUACAAAAUGAAACUUGUUUGUUCAAACUAUACGAUGAAAGUCCCUGGUCAGUUGAUGGAAAAACAGAUAAUGUACAGAUGAAUGGAAGCAAUACUGUCACAAUAUCAAAAACCAGUGGCAAAACUGACCAGGAAAGUUUGACAUCACUUGUCAACAAAAUUACCAAUGACAAUCAAGAACUUCCAGUGGUCGACAGCCUAGAUGAACAACAAUCAUGGCAUUCCACUUCACCAUGUUCUUCAGAAUCUGCAGAUUCAUUUUCUUCAAAUAGUAGAAAUGAUGUUUUAAGAAGUUAUUUAGAGGGUCCAAUGUCACCAGAACAAUCAAUGUUUAAUUCAAGAUAUCCAACAAAUAUAGAAUCUUUGCCGUCUGAUCUCUUAUCAGAAUUUAUGACAAUGGAUACAAUUACACCAAUGAAUAUUUUAAGUAUACCGAAUCAUUUUGAAAACACUCUGGAUCCUUCACUAUUUUAUGCUGAUUACAUCAGUACUCAUGAUAAUUCUUAUUCUAAUUUAUCUGAUGAUUGCAUAAAUGAGAUGAAUACUGAUCAACUGGAAAGCUCUAGAGAAAUUUCUAAUUCCAAUGAAUACUGUACAGAAGAAGAUUUAUUAAAGUUAUAUAAUAAUAGUACAAAUGAAAGGGAUUCGAACAGUGGAACUAGUCAAAGAAGUAGAACAUUAUCUAUGAAAUCAGUCAAUGAUAAGCCUCAGGUUACUGAAUCACCACCAACAAUCUCAUCAUCAUCGUUUACAGAUAAUUUUGGAUAUUUUCAUUCACCAAAUGAAUUAGCCAGUGAAGAUAUCGCUUGGAUGGAUACAUUAGAUGUCUCCGGCUUGGGAUUAGAUGAUGUUGAACAGAUUUUUUCAACUGUCAAUCCACCUGAAGAAAUCAAUAAAUCUGAUCCCUAUUGUACAGUGAAAUCCCAUUUAAGUAAUGAGUUAACAUCCUGCUCAACCGGCAAAUUAUCCAAUCAACCUGUAAACAUUUCAAAAACUUGUAAAUCAUCCAUUGAAAGCGAUCUGUUACAUGAAGUGGAACAGAUAGACGAUAAUGUGUCAGAUACAGAAAGAGUUUCUUGCAAUAUUAAUAACAAUAAUAAUAAUAGUAAUCUUUAUCAUGAAGACAGACAUAAUGAUGACCACAAUUCAGAUAGUACGCUAACUUGUUCUGAAGCUGAAUACCACACUAAUUUAUUACGACAAAAACGUUUAAAAAAGCAUCGUUUAAAGAUGAAGAGAAAAUCUAGGCCCAACAGCGCAUAUACUUCUAGUGAGGACAGCAACUCAGAUUCAUCGUUUAGUGAUGAGGAUGAUGAUAGUGAAGAAUCCUUAUCACCAGAGGUGAAUGACACCUCAGAAGUGUAUUAUUGCAAAGCUAUUACCUCUAGAAGAUUUAAUCAUUCUGUCACUGGUAGUACAAGUUAUCGAAAUAAACCUCAACCGUAUUGUAGUACACAAUCAUCUACAGAUAUGAAUGAAUUUGAACCAUGGUGGCCUAAUCCAGUUACCCGACGUAUGCAUAAAGAUUUUCAAUCAGCUAUCUGGAUAACUAACUCCACACAACAUGAUGAUGACGAUGGUGAUGAUAGAAAGAGGUCAACAAAGACAAAAUUAUCUCCUGCAACACAUGAAAAAGUGUAUAAUUCUGAUUCAGAAAGAUCUAACUCAUCGAUAGAUCAACUCAAAGGUAAACAUCAUCGAGAUCCUCGUCAGCAUCAAGAGCAUCACUCUCAUUAUAAGUGUUUAAAAAGCUCAAAAUAUAAAAAGCAUAAAAAAUUUCCUACAACUUCAUCAGUUGACUGUCAUUGGUUGACAAAACGUAAAAGUAAACAAAUGGAACUGUGGCAGUUUAUAUUGUGUCGUUUAGAGACAGGUAAUGAGACGACAGCAUUUCAAUGGGUCAACAGAUCCACAGGAAUAUUUCGUAUUGUCAAUACACAAUUAAGCGCAAAAGAAUGGGGUCAUUAUCGAAAUAAUAAACAUAUGGAUUAUGAAAAAAUGGCUAGAGCUAUGCGAUUUUAUUACAAAGAUUCAAUAUUACGCAAAUCACGCCAACAACUUCAUUUUCAAUUUGCUAUGCCAUAUGUUCAAUGGGCAGAGAAAUUUUAUCGUGAUAAGAAAUGAGGCAAUGCCUCAUGUAUACUCGUCUAUCUAUCUAUCUAUGAAUUUCUCUUUCUUCGCCUUUUGUACAUCAGUAGCGGAAAUUGUCAAUAUAGAUAAUAACAAUUGUGUAUAUUGAGAUGUUGAACGCCUAGUGGAUUGUUGUGACUGUAUUGGCUGUGUUACUUACUGUUUUUCGUCUAACAAAUCACACACACACACAAAAAAUAAUCUCCAUUUUGUACAUUAUUAUUAUGAUAAACUUCUCUUGCAUUCUACUUGAAUUUCAAUCAAUUUUAAUACUUGUAUGUAUACCUGUGAAUUCUGCUUGCAUUCUUUGUUUUCAGAAUAGGAGUAUAUAAUUUCAAAAGUUAGAAUUUCUCUUCUACUUUUGUUUGUUUGUUAAUAAUGAUGGUUUAAAGUUGAAUAUGGCAGCCUUAGAAGUGAUCAAAAGGCAACGAACUUCUGUUCGCAUACUUAGUCAUAGGACAAAACUGCACAUUGAGAAAACUAUUUUUAGGAAUACAGUUGUGGGCUAAGUUAAACUUUAAGCACCACUAACUACUACCAAUGGAGUGGGACCGCACCAAUGACCUUGAAACGCUCGCUCACUGAGCAAGUUAGUGAAGCCUGGCAAGUACUGUAAUCAACAUUAAUAAAAUAUGCUCAUCGAAG